AUGGCAACUGUGACGGGUGAAGGUCCUGUACUGAUAUUGAGGAAUGAGGAAGAGUCUCGAGAUGAUGGAAAGAUGACGGAAGAUGGUGAUGACGAGCGAGUCAUGGAACCCGCUGCGACUACUGCACCCAGUAAGGACAACCCAUCGGCUUCGGAUGAUGAUUCUAGCAGUGAGGAGGAGGAAGAAGAAGAGCAGAAAGACCAGCCUGCUUCUACUCCAGUGCCUCCACCGUUGCCACAAAAGCAACAGCAACCUCAAAGGCCAUCCCAGAAGAAACCCCCUGCCAUUUACAACGCGGAAAGAGACCCCGAUUUGGAACAAAAGCACAUGAUUCUCUCCAUUCUACUACACGGCGCCAAAUGUCAAGCCAACCCCUGUGCCUUUUCCAAUUGUACACAAUCCAAGACAAUGAUCCGUCACGUUUCCAAAUGCACGGCGGGCACCAACUGUCCCGUCUCGUUUUGUUCCAGUGCCAAAUUUGUGCUCCGCUAUGGACCCCAAAUUCAAGACGCCAUUUUGCAACGUGGCGUGCAAAACAUCAAUCCGAUGCAACAAUUGAUGCAACAACAACAAAGGCAACAACGACAACCCAAUCGAUUCAAACUCAAAAUGGGACGGAUUCGACAACGACGCACUGCGCCACGAAGACAAAUGUCGUGGAUUCCGGGCAAAUUAGCGCCCAUUCCGGAAUGCAAGCAUGAAACAAAUGACCCUGAUGAUUACAGCACGGAAGAAGAAGAAGACGAAAUCCCCAAACAAUCCGAGGACGACGACGAUUCCGAUGACAGCGACGACAGUGAUAGUAGCAGCGACGACGACGAGGGAGGUUUUGGAACUCCAGGAAUUCCAAAAGUUGCUGCCCCACAACGACAACAACCAAAUCCAACAACGAAAAAAGGCAAAAAGAACAAGUGGGACAUGGACUACUCGGACAGCUCGGAUGAUGACGAUGAUGACCCAAAAGCGGGAACAGUCUCUUCUCCCAAAGCAGCAGCAGCAGCCACCAGCAGCAAAAAUAAUGUUCCCGUCGCCACACCCAUUCAAUAUUCCAAAACAUCUCCAACGCGAAAUGCACGCAGCAAAUCGCCAGUUCGCAGCAAGAGUCCACAACCGAGUAAUCGAAGUACUAUGGCGCGCAGUAAGAGUCCACAACCGACUCGAACUACGGCACGCAGUAAGAGUCCACUGCCACCCCCCAGACAUACCACGUCCAUGGGAGAUCCACAACCCCGACAAGCCCAGGCAACAGCACGAGCCAAAAGUCCACUGCCGCCUCGCACACGAGACAAGAGUCCACACUCGCAAGUGAAAAAGAAAAAUGCAGUCCCUCCACGUCACACGACGUCCUUUGGAGAUCCACAUCCACCCCCCGUUGCAUCGCGAAGCAAAAGUCCUGUGCGACAAUCCAAAAGUCCUGUUCGACGACCAAAAAGUCCCUUGCCACCACCGAGGCACACGACAUCCUUGGGAGACGCUCGUCCGGGGAAUAAUAGUACUGGUACCAUGCGAAGUAAAAGUCCACAACCAACGGCAGCUCGAAGCAAGAGUCCACAACGUCCCACCACCAUGCGAAGCAAGAGUCCACAACCAGCACCAGCGCGGCGCAAACAAACAACACAAAACAAAAGCCCCAAUAGUAUGGAACAUCCCGAUGAUGAGGACUCGGAGGAGGACGACAAAGCACCUGCUCCAGCGCCUGCGCCUGCGCUUGCGACACAAACCGAGGAUUCCGGCGAGGACGACUCCUCAGAUGAUUCAGACGAUGAUGACAGUGAACGAGUAGCGGCGCCUGUUCCGGCCCCCGCACCUGCUCCUACUCUUGCGCCAGCCCCUGCUCCUGCUACUUCUGGUUUGUCAAAGAAAACUGAGGAAUCGGUAAAGGAAGAACCGGAUUAUGAUUCAGACGAUGACGACCAUGAACGGCCAGCUGCUGUUCCCGCUCCUUCUCCUGUGCCUACAACCUCCACGACAGCUGCAACACCAGUCCCCGUUGUACAAAACGCAAACAAUGACGACAACCAGAGCUCGCCAGUCAAUGAUGAAAAGGACUCAAACAAUGACGACAACCAGAGCUCGCCAGUCGACAAUGAAAAGGAGUCAACUGCGGCAGCGCUCAGUGCACCCUUGGAAAGUAACUCAGAAUCUGCUGGAAAUAUGGCGUCUGACAGCAAUGUCGGUGCAGAUCAGAAGAAAGACGCAGACGAUGAAGGGUCAGAAGAAAGAAACAACCAAUCCUCUCAGUCGCCAAGAAUAUCGUCGAAGGACAUUGAGUACCCAUCGGACGAAGAAGAAGAGUCAAAGGAAAACGGCAGCACCAAAGAACUUCCUUCGGAGAUGCAAGACGAGCCAACACCGCUUGCUGCCGGUGACGAGAAGAGCGAAAUUGCGUCAUCUGACACUACAGUGGUGGUUGGGAACAUUAAGGAGAAGGACGAUGGUGUGACAGCAGAAUCAGAGAAUUCGCCAGCUGUAAUGUCGGCGCAUGAAGGAAAGUCGAGCGACGACGAUGUCUCGCAAGAUGUUCUAGAAGCGCCGCAAACUACUACAGACAACGGUGAGCAAAUGGACAGUGAUGAUGAGAGUGAUUCUGAAUCGAGUGGCGGUGUCGGGUAUAUUACAGCGGAGAGCAUCGUUUCUUCCGACGACGACGUGAGCGCCUCGGAGAGUGAAGACGACAAGGACGAGGAAACGAGUCCUCCAGCAGUGGCUAACGACACAGUCACCGCAGAAGUUGCAGAAGAUGGACUCGACGACAAUUCACUCAUAGCAAAUGAGGCGAAGGAGCCAGGCGACUUGAUUGUAUCCGGCAAGGACGGAACAACCGUAUACCACAAUGUACAAUGCCAGAGGAUGAAAGGCAGCCUGACAGUAUCUUCUGAAGAACUUCGUUUCGUCGAAGAAGACGAUGAUGACGACGACGAGCCCUUAUCGAUUCCAUUGGAAAGCGUGUCAACGCACCAGCUCACCCCACCACCCCGAACUGAGCUGAAGAUGACACUUGCGAACGGUCGAUCAUUUGCGUUCCAUCUUGAACCAAGAGAGUCUCUGGAGAGGCUGCAUUCUGAAGUGGAGAAACGAUUGCUCGAAUUUGCUGCGAACACAACCGUGGAAGCAGCGGAGGAAAAGGAAACGGAUUUGGAAGAGGCUGCACCUGCCCCUGCACCAUUACCAGUUUCGGAAGUCGAUCCCGCACCAGCACCAGCUCCACUCCCGGUAGCCAGCGCCCCAGCUCCAGCUCCACUACCCAUGUCGGUUUCUGCUUCAGACGACGAUGACUACGAGACAGAAUCAGUAUCCGCUGCUUCGACGACUGCUUUUGCCCCGCGACCCGACAUAAACAACCACGACAGCGAGGCACCAGCCCCUUUGCCUUCAAAUACUGACGAGGCACCGCCGUCCUCAGACAGAGAUUCCCGUGAAAACGGCGAUGCUAGUUCGAGGGCUGAAUACACCAAUGUGCAAUUCAGGGGGAAGAAAGGAACAAUAGUUUUGGGAGAAGAGCAUGCUAGUUUCGUUACGACCGACUCCCUCGGCGUCCAAAAAUUAGUCAAGGCGUUCCCCUACGCCACCGUGGCCAAGAUCAGAACGAACUCUGAGGGCAGUGCAAAGGCAAUGUUAAGGGUGAUACCUUCCGGUCAAGGGAAGCCCUUCAGUUUCGAGGCUGAAAAUCAAGAUGCCCUUGGACCGCUGUUGAAAGAUUUCUCCAGGCGUGUCAAGCGCUACAAUGCAAAGCACGGCGGUACUUCGAAACAGGAGGCGUCGUCGGGAGGAAAGAAGCAAAAAGAUUCCAAAACUACAACCUCGAAACAACCCAAAGAAGACAAGAAGACGCUGAAGAUGAAAUUGCCAACAAGCGUGAAAGGGCUGACGUCCAAACUGGGACUGACAAAGUCCAAGAAGAAAUCGAAGGCGGCGCAGUAA